UAUCAACUUCAGUAAAUGUUAAAACUCAGAGCUGCAUGAAGCUUGAGUCAGAUAAAAAAGGGCGGAUGAUUUUUCCAAGUUUUUUUUAGCGCAGUCGUGGAUAUUGUAAUUCAGUUUAGUGUUAGAGUAAGUUAGGUACGAUAAGUGAAUGUAAAGAAAUUCAAGUAUAAAUUCAACAAAAAAUAAUAAACACUUAUCUCAUAUUCUCGGUGAUACUUUAAUCAAAUAUUACAUUUAUUACUUGGUAAUUUUUUAUAUCAAACUAUUGUACUUGAAUCAAAACCAAGGUGUGCAAAGUGCCGAGAUGUCUUAUGAAACAAGAUAUAUUUUUGCUGCUUUACCGCGUACCCAGCGUGGAGCUCCUUUAGUUCUUGGUGGUGAUCCUAAAGGAAAUAAUUUUUUAUACACUAAUGGAAAUAGUGUAAUCAUUAGAAAUAUUAAUAAUCCAGAAAUUUCUGAUAUUUAUACAGAACACUCAUGUCAAGUCAAUGUUGCAAAAUAUUCACCAAGUGGAUUUUAUAUCGCUUCAGGAGAUCAAUCUGGAAAAGUUAGAAUUUGGGACACAGUAAAUAAAGAACAUAUAUUGAAAAAUGAAUUUCAUCCAAUUGGUGGUCCUAUAAAAGACAUUGCCUGGUCACCAGACAAUCAAAGGAUGGUGGUCGUUGGAGAGGGUCGUGAAAGAUUUGGCCAUGUUUUCAUGGCAGACACAGGAACUUCCGUUGGAGAGAUAUCGGGCCAAAGUAAAUCUAUCAACUCUUGUGAUUUUAAGCCUAGCAGACCAUUUAGAUUAAUAACAGGAAGCGAAGAUAAUACAAUUGCCAUAUUUGAAGGUCCACCAUUUAAAUUUAAAAUGACCAAACAAGAGCACUCAAGAUUCGUUCAAGCAGUACGUUAUGCUCCAGCAGGCAAUUUGUUUGCUUCGGCUGGUUUUGAUGGUAAAGUUUUUCUUUAUGAUGGUAAUACAUCUGACUUUGUUGGGGAAAUUGGUUCACCAGCUCAUCAAGGAGGAGUUUAUGGAGUCGCUUGGAAACCAGAUGGAACUCAAUUAUUAACUGCAUCGGGUGAUAAAACUUGCAAGUUAUGGGACGUAGAAACACGUACAGUAAUAACUGAAUUCAACAUGGGAUCAACAGUUGAUGAUCAACAAGUGAGUUGUCUUUGGCAAGGAGAACAUUUACUAUCAGUAUCUUUAAGUGGCUUUAUCAACUAUCUAAAUGUUAAUGAUUCAUCUAAACCGAUAAGAAUUAUUAAGGGCCACAAUAAACCAAUUACAGUAUUGACUUUAAGUCCAGAUCGAGAAACAAUUUAUACAGGGUCUCAUGAUGGUUACGUAACCAAUUGGAACGCAAAGACUGGAGAAAACAAUCGAGUUUCUGGUAUAGGUCAUGGAAAUCAAAUAAAUGGCAUGAAAGCUACUGGAAAUUUACUCUACACUGCUGGUAUUGAUGAUACUAUUAGAGCUAUUGAUAUGGCUACCAAUACUUAUAGUGAAGCUUUAACUGUUAAACUUGAUUCUCAACCGCGUGGACUUGAUGUGUAUAAUGAUAUUGUCAUUACUGCAUCAAUUCGUCAAAUAAACUUGACACAAGAAGGUCGAAAAGUAUCUAAGCUUCCAAUCGAUUAUGAAGCAUCCUCAGUGAGUGUAAAUCAAGGAAAUGGUGAUGUAGCUGUUGGGUCAUCAUCUGAUAAUAAAGUUUAUAUUUAUAAUCAAUCAGGAACCAAUCUGGUUUUCAAAACCGAAUUAGAACAUCUUGGACCAGUAACUGACGUUGCAUACAGUCCAGACCAUAAAUAUUUAGUGGCAUGUGAUGCCAACAGAAAAGUCGUUCUCUAUGUUGUGCCUGAAUAUAAGCUCGCCCAUAAUAGGGAGUGGGGCUUUCAUAACGCCAGAGUGAAUACCGUUGCGUGGAACACAGACUCUACAAUGGUAGCUAGCGGAAGUUUGGAUACUACGAUUAUCAUUUGGAGUGUAACGAACCCUGCGAAACAUACCAUUAUUAAAAAUGCCCAUCCUCAAAGUCAAAUUACACGCCUGGUGUGGCUCGAUGAUGAGAAUUUAAUUUCCGUUGGCCAAGACUGCAAUACUAAAUUAUGGCGCGUUGAAAAAAUUUAAAUAUCAAAAAAAUUAUAACAUAUAUAAAUGAUUGAUGGAAGCUUUGAGUGAAU